AUGGCGCGCGCAAGAGUGCUUCGAGCUUCAGGACAAGCCGCAUUCUUAGUUCUCGGCGGAGCUGCGGCCACCCAAGCACCACGAUACAUCAACUUCCGCACUGCCUUUGCAGAAGCUCCAGUCCCCUCCAAAGACGCACUUCCCGAAAAGAAACCCAUAUACUCCGACCCCGUCGCUCUACCAACCAUCCCCGAACCAUCCCCGACCUCACCAGUUUCCAAGCCCAAGCCCAGCUCUCCGACCCCGACAGACCGACUGACAGAACAAGUGAAAAGAGCGCGGUUGUUCCUGUACGACAAGUCCCUCGCCGCCGAGAAUGGCAUCAACGACUUCUUGACGUGGGCGUUCCAGAAGGAGACCAAUUUCACCAGCACGAUUGCCUCGUUAGCUCCCGCGCCGGAGACGGGCGAACAAGUUCUGCCGGGACUGAUAUACGUGCUCGUCGCGACUAUGGCCGGGUCAAUCGUCACACGGAACCGGGGCAUUGUUCUACGAGCCACGUUCCCGUUGGCCGUAGGAGUCACGGCUGGCUGGUUGUUGAUCCCCGUCACGAUGCGCAACACGUCCGACUUGAUAUGGGAAUAUGAGAAAAGAGUGCCGGCCAUCCGGGACACGCAUCUUCAGAUCAGGAGUUUCACGGAGCAGGCCUGGCAGCAAGCCAAAAUCCACGCGGACGUGGCCUCGCGCUGGGCGGAUGAAAAGACCAGCGAGACGCGGAAGAGAAUGGAAGAAUUGGUGUCCAAGGGGAAAUAG